CGUGAUGCAUUGUGUUUAGGUGUUUCUCACACAUGGAGAGGGGAACCCCAUAUUGUCAUUCACCCAAUAAGCCAAACAGUAAAACCAGGGGAGACAUUCACUCUUAAAUGCACAGCUUUAGGCAAGCCUGUGCCUGCCUACCAGUGGUACAGAAACGGUCGCAUCCUUCCUAAACAGACCACAGAAACACUUAGGAUAGAAAAUGCCAGCGCAGACACUGUGGGCUCAUACCUCUGUGCUGUGUCAAAUAUUUUGGAGGAGAGAUGGUCUGAAGCAGCUGAGAUUGAGAUAGCACCUCCAGAUCAACAACCAGCGCCCACGCUUAUGGCAACCGACAAAGUGGCAUUACUGAUUGGGAACCUGAACUACAACAACCAUCCUGGUCUGAUGGCCCCCACCAUGGAUGUUCAUGAGCUGGCCAAUCUUCUGCAACAGCUAGGCUUCAGAGUUGUCUCUCUGCUUGAUCUCACCCUUCAGGAAAUGCAGGCUGCCAUCGACAAGUUCUUGCAGCUCUUGGACCGUGGAGUGUAUGCUGUUUUUUACUACGCUGGCCAUGGCUAUGAGCACUCUGGCAGAAAUUACCUGGUGGCCAUUGACGCUCCACGACCCUACCGUACAGAAAACUGUGUGUGUGUACAGAAAGUGAUGCACAAUAUGCAGAACAGAAAAGCCCAGCUCAACGUCAUUCUCCUGGACACCUGUAGGAAAUGGUACAAACAAAAAGGUCCUCUCUCUGAUAUUAAGCCUUCAGCUCCUCUGGGCAACACUGUGUAUGGAUACGCCACGAGUGAAGAUGCAGAGGCUUUUGAGGUCCAGGAUGGUGGCAAGAGCACUGGGAUCUUCACCAAAUACCUGAACAAACAUGUCUUAAAGCCAGAGAGGGUGACCCAUGUCUUGGAGCAGGUCUCUGAGGGUGAGUGCUUCUACCAAUACUGUUCUGUUCCAAAACGUUGAGAGCUGCCUCACUACCUA